GCGGCCGGGAGCGCCGCCGCCGACGUGCCGGAGCUGGGAGCCCUCCCCGCCAAGCUGCGCCCCCCGGGCUCCCUGGUCGCCGCGGCGGCUGCCGGGCGCGGGGGCCAGCCGGGGGAGCCCGGGGGGCGGGUGGGCGCCAAGGCCCUGCUCAUCGCCCUGCCCGACACUGGGGAGGAGGCAGCCCGCAGCCCGCGGCGUCUGGCGAAGGGGCUGUCCAGAGGUUCUGCAAAUCAGUGUCCUUCUGGAAGAUGUGGAGAGUCUCUUCCAGCAGUUUUUGAGAGAAAUGUGCAGGAAGCUAUCGACAAUUAUACUUGUGAAACGCUUUCAUCACUUUCAUCUAGUGGUCAUACAACACCCACGGAGUUGAAUAAUUCUUGGUCUGGAAUAAACAGCUAUACUACCAGUUUGUCUACUGAAAGAAGUUCAGUUUUCUCCUGGAGGGAUGAUGAAUUUGAUAAAGCCAACACAGAGAGAGUGCAUCAGUUAUUUUGGGAGAUUGAUGAAAUGCUGUUUGAAGGAAAAGUAACCUCCCAAACUCAGAGCCUGCAGGCAGAAUGUGCAGACUGGGUUGAACAAUUUCCUCAUCUCAGGGUUCUAGGAAAGCAGCUCCUAUUGCCAGAGGAUGAAGGCUUUCAGUAUUUUCAGAGCAGAAGUGAUACCUCUGUGGAUACUAAGUGUUUACCUGGCCUCCGUGAAUGUACUAGUAACAUAAAAGAGCUCUGCAUUUCAGGCUCUAAACUGAUCCCAACAGCAUCUCCACUACAUAAAUCACUAGAUUCAAGUUCCACUAAGAUUUCUGCCUCUGACUCAUCCAUGUAUUCAUUCCUGGAAGAAGAAAUCUAUGAUGUGGAUGGAAAAAUAGAAGAGUAUCUUGCCUUUGACAACAAGGAGCUCGAUGAUGAGAGCUGGGAACAAAAGAAAAUGCAUCUUGCUGAGAAGAGGAGUAAGCAUGGCAUUCCCCCUGUUUCUCCCGAUGCCUGUAUCAAAGAUGCUGUGGCUUCUGAAGUAUUUGAUCAUAUCUGGAGCAACGUGAUUGGAAUAUUGGAGGAACUGAUUAAAAAAAAUUGGGAAACUAGUAUCACAGAGGGUGACAAACACGUGGAAAAACUGAAAGCUGUUACAGCAAAACUGCCACAUUUGCCAGUCGUUUCAAUUACAUCGGAUGCUGGGAGUGUUCCUCUUUCCAGAGGCUCUGAAGCACGAAGUUUAUCUUUUGGGUCUCAUUUGGCUUCCUCGCAGGUUCACCGUUUCUCCAGCAACUUCUGUAGUGAUUUGAAUGGUGUGAUGACAAUUCAAGCAAAACCACUCCAACAAAGGCAUGUUGUCACAGUAGAAAAAAUACAGAAUGAGCAAGAAGACAAACAGCGUAACAUUGGCUCCAGUGCUCCAAGUUCAGUGCACACUAGGUUGCGGAGAAGUGCUGAUAACAGUUUUCUCUCAUCAUCUCGGGUACUGCUGGCAUCUUCUAGGAAGCUAGCAAGCCAUCGUAGGUUACCUUCUCUCACUUCUGACCAACUCUCCUCAAAAGCUCCUAAUAUGUACAAUGAUGAGAUCCUUAGGGGGACUAAAUUGGGUGUCAGCUCGGAUCGUUUAUCUUCUGCUUGUACAUCUACAACCCGGAACAAGUUACCACCAAUAAACUCGGAGGCUGUUGAGCAAUAUCUUUCAGUACCUCGACUGCAGCAGAGCUCUCAUCGAGGACGAUAUGCACGUAGCAGAGUGUCAAGCGCAGUGCCUGGCAGUACAGAGCAACGGCCUCUCAGAGAGAGAACUGUUAUUAUUGAUCAAUUUUCAAGGCCCAACACAACUCAUACAUUCAGGGUAUGUUACAAUACAGACACACCUCAGAAGAGACCGCUGACUUCCAUGGAUUUUGCUAGCCACAGAGGGACAGGUCAAGGAUUUUUAAUAGGCUCACAGCAUUACUACAGAUCAUUUCAGAGAAAUCCUCUAACCUCAAGGAAGAGAUUUCAGAUUGCUUCUUAACCUAGUUUAGGAAGAAACAGAAACCCCCUGCACUGAACAGAAGACUGAAGUGCUGAAUUUGCCAGCUGGUAUCCUGUGAAACAAAGAAUAUGUGCAGUAUGCUGGUUUCUGAGCCUUGCAAUCCUCAGCAUGCCUGCAUUGCCUUCUUUUAAAGCUGUCUGACCAGAGGUUAGAUUAAAAAUCAGAGCAAAAUGAAAUAAAUGGUUGAGGUGUCUGUUCUGUUUGCAGACUCAAGAUGCUGCUGCUGCUGCUGCACUUUCUUCUCAGGCAUUCCUCCUUUUCCUGUCUUUCCUUAGGGAAUUGUUUUUCUACCUAUAGAAGCAAAUAAGUUAUGUUUAAGCUUUGAAGUCCUGUUCCCACUUUUUUGUGUUUCCUCAGUGUUAAAGAUGUUCUAGUCUGUCCAAACAUCAGUCAUAUAUCUAAAAAUAAUACUUCUAAACAGGAGUUUGUGGUAUCUCCUCUUUAAUCGUUAUUUUAACGUUUCUGUUUUUCAGUCUGUCUGGUUAUUGCAGUUGCUCUCUUGUAAAUAUUGUCUGUCCCUGCCUUUUCUUCUUCCUUUAAUUCUUUUAGAUGGAAUUCGUUCAUUGCCUCUGCUUACACUGUUCUAGUCAUCAGUAACUAUGGGAACUGCUGGGAUAAACUUUGUUUACAGGAAGCAAUGUUUUCCCUGCCAGGCCAAACAUGUUUAUAGAUGCUUAACAGUUGAAUCUGUUUUCUGACAAGUCAGUAAGACUGAUCCACUUCUUGAGAUUUCUUAGAAAAUAUUGCCUGUUAUUGUACAAAUUAAUCAUAUUUUGAAAUAUCCAAGCCUUCAAAGUUUUAACAUGAAAAUAUGUACUUAACUGACGAAAGAGUUAUUCCAUACCUCUUUGUGUAGACCCAAAUGCAAAGAUCAAAGAGGAGAUUGGGAUGGCAUUCUGCCUAGAGAUCGCAGCCCUGAUCAGGUCCCUGGCUAUUAGUACUGUGUGCAUUUGCAGCCAGGGAUUCCUUGUUCCAUCAGAGAGCCAGCAGUUGAAGUAGAUGUGGUUGAAGAGCUGUUGAAGGGGAAAGGGAGGAGGAAUAAAAGUUAAGUUUUGGCCAAAUUGUGCAGUUAAGAACAGAAUCAGUUUCUUCUACUUGGGAACUAAUACCAGUUCUCCUCACUUCUUUUUAUGAAUGUUCAAGGAUUUGUAAUCCAAGGCAAAACACUUGUAAUCUAUAUUUUAUAUCUGUACUGUUAAUCAGAUUUCUGUUUUUUGUAAAUGUCAUCAAGAGCUGCAUUCUUUUGAGUAAAUGAAAGUAUUUUUAAAUUA